UCUUGCCCGUGCGCCCGGGCGGUUUCGGCGCUCACCCUCCCGGAGCAGGGGCCGCCUGGCCGGAACCGGUGCGGAGAUGAGGGGGGGCAAGAGGCGGUUUCCCUUCCUGUCGCGCUGUGAGGUGCCUGUCGGGUGACUGCUUGGCGCCCGCUGCGUGUCGUCAGCGCCUUCCCCGCAGUGUCCUGCCCGGGGGACUGUGGCUUCCCGGCGAAGGGCGGUGAGGGUAGAGCGGCCUGUGCCCUUCUGCUGUAGCAGGGAGUCACCAAAGCAGUGAGUCCGGCUGGCUGCUGGUCCCCAGCUGCCCCGAGUGCCUCCGCUCACGGGCUCUGCUGGGCCUCGCACGGCCAAAAGUUGAAAUGUGUGAUGAUGUCCCAGAUAAUUGGCGUAUUGGGGAGAAAUGCCUUGCCCCUUGUCUUGAAAAUGGGAAACUUCAUGAAGGAACAAUAUCCUCUAUUGAAAAGGACAAGAAUGGAAAAUCAUUUGCUAUUGUAUCAUUUCUGGAGUCUGAAGAAAGAAAAAUAUUAAUAACUAAACUUCGUAGAGUUGAAGCCAGUAGAGGACCCCGGAAGAGCUUAAUAUUUGGUGAUGGUGAUUUGGAAAAGCCUUAUUUUCCAGACCGAAAUCUUCCAUCUCCUGCACUUUCUUUCAGAUUAUCUGUCAGUGGUGAUUUUAUUCCAUACACAAUUAACAGAUACCUACGUGAUUAUCAAAGGGAAGGAGCCCAAUUUCUGUAUGGACACUAUACUAAUAAAAGGGGCUGUAUUCUUGGAGAUGAUAUGGGCCUUGGGAAGACAAUACAGGUAAUUUCGUUUUUGGCUGCAGUGUUGCACAAAAAGGGAACCCGUGAAGAUAUUGAGAAUAACAUGCCAGAAUUUUUACUGAGGACAAUGAAGAAAGAACUGAAGUGUAACCUCAAGAAGACUUUCCUCAUAGUGGCCCCUCUUUCAGUGCUGUACAACUGGAAGGAUGAGUUAGACACGUGGGGGUACUUUAAGGUCUCUGUCUUACAUGGCACUAGAAAGGAUGAUGACCUGAGUCGCAUCAAGCAAGGGAAAUAUGAAGUUGCCCUUACAACCUAUGAGGUACUUCGCCUGUAUUUGGAUGAAUUUAACAGUGUAGAAUGGUCUGCUGUGAUAGUGGAUGAAGCGCACAGAAUCAAGAAUCCAAAGGCUCAAAUAACUCAAACCAUGAAGUCAUUAAAAUGCAGUGUUCGCAUAGGUCUUACUGGAACCAUUCUUCAAAACAAUAUGAAGGAGCUUUGGUGUGUUAUGGACUGGGCUGUACCAGGACUUUUGGGUAGCAGACUGCAUUUCAAGAAGAAAUUUUCUGAUCCAGUCGAGCAUGGCCAGAGACACACAGCAACUAAAAGAGAGCUGGCAACAGGUCGUAAGGCCAUGGUGAAGCUAGCAAGGAAAAUGUCUGGCUGGUUUCUGAGACGUACCAAAGCGCUUAUCAGUGAUCAGUUGCCAAAAAAGGAAGACAGAAUGGUAUACUGUUCCCUGACUGAAUUCCAGAAAGCGGUUUACCAGGCUGUGCUAGAGACAGAGGAUGUAAGCUUAGUAUUAGGAGCUGGAGAGCCCUGUAGCUGCAACAGUGGUCGUAAAAGAAAGAACUGUUGUUACAAAGUAAAUGCUCAUGGUGAGACCAUUAAGUCACUGUGCUUCAGUUACCUGACAAUCCUACAAAAGGUUGCAAAUCAUGCUGCACUGCUGCAAAUGGACAACACUAGCAAACAGCAAGAAGCACAUAUCAAACGGGUGUGCAGUGAGGUAUUUUCCAGUUUUCCAGAUUUUGCACAGUUAAGCAAAAAUGCGGCCUUUGAAACAAUCUCGGAUCCAAAGUACAGUGGAAAAAUGAAGGUCCUUCAGCAGCUUUUAAAUCACUUUAGAAAAAACAAGGAUAAAGUUCUUCUCUUCUCCUUUUCCACAAAGUUGCUAGAUGUGCUGGAACAAUACUGUAUGGCAUCUGGGCUAGAUUACCGAAGACUUGAUGGAAAUACAAAAUCAGAAGAUAGGAUCAGAAUUGUAAGAGAGUUCAACAGUGUUCAAGAGAUUAACAUAUGUCUUGUAUCUACAACGGCUGGUGGACUGGGUCUCAAUUUUGUUGGUGCCAAUGUUGUUAUACUGUUUGAUCCUACAUGGAACCCUGCAAAUGAUCUUCAAGCUAUUGACAGAGCUUAUAGGAUUGGCCAGCACAAGGAUGUUAAAGUGUUUAGAUUGAUAUCCUUGGGAACUGUGGAAGAGAUGAUGUACUUGCGACAAGUUUAUAAACAGCAACUUCACUGUGCAGUGGUUGGAAGUGAAAAUGCCAAGCGGUAUUUCGAAGCAGUACAAGGAUCCAAGGAACAUCAAGGAGAGCUUUUUGGGAUCCAUAACCUUUUCAAACUUAGGACUCAUGGAUCCUGUCUUACCAAAGACAUCCUGGAGAGGGAAGGGCAAGUAGAAGCAGGGGUCAUGACAGCAACUACAUGGCUAAAGGAAGAGACUCCUCCAUGCAGAUCAGAAAAGUGUGAGCAACUGGACUGUAAAGAAGAUGGAGAUCCUGAACAAGUAAAGAGAGAAGAAAUGGAUUUUUCUGAUUACUUCAGUGAUGAUACUUUGGAGACCUCCAUGAGAAAAUGGGGCAGAAGGAAGCCUAGAAAUGCAAAUAAUUUAAUGGUAACACAGGGACAGCUUUCCUUAAUGCAGUGUGGAUUCUCUAAGUUGUUGCAGAGAGAAAUUGAAACCACCAAAGAAUAUAAUAAUUACAACUCUCGUAAGUCAAAUUCUGAUGGUCAUACUGUAAGAAGAAAUCGAAGUAGCAAGCAUGGUGACUUCCAGAAACAUCAAAGCCAUGCGCAUAUUUUGGAGCAUGAGAGAGCUGGAAGUGAUGAACAGGAUAUGUGUAGUACAGACGGGCUUGUUUUAUCCAGCUCAGAGGAGGAAGGGGACAGAGAAAGCAAGGAUCAAUACAUUUCAAAGCAAAGUGAUGUAGUCAUUGAAACAGACUGGAGUUCUGAAGAGAAUGAUGUUAUCUUUCCUACCCAAGUUCCAACAUACCAGCAACCAAUGCUUACUAAAAAAGUUGAAAUUUACAGUUCAGCAUAUGAAAAUUGUGAGGAGUUACCAAAACAAAAAGAUGGGCUGCUAUUUAAGGAAGGCAGUAGGCCACUUCAAUUGCAUACUACUAAGUCAAAUUUCAGAAAAUUUACGUCUUUUGGAGACAUCAAGAACAGCAGAAGAGAUUUAAAAGGGACAAACGAUGUAAGUGAUGAGUCAGAUGAUAUUGAAAUUUCCUACAAUUCUGAAUCAACAAAGUUAAGAACUUUCAGCUUUCUAAAAGGGAAGGAAAGACAUUCCCGUAACAGUGUACUAGGUGACUUCUCCAAAUCUGUGCUACCAUCAAAGAAGCCGAGUAGAAAAGAGAAGGAAAGUUAUUCUCAGAAUAUAGAUGAAUUUUCAUCCUCUGAAGAUAACUCACCAGUUGAGAAAAUUCAUACCAGAAAGCAAAGGUACAAAUGUAAAAGACAGAGAGGCAGAGUUCAGUUUGGGUCUAAAAUGCUUCAUCCUAUUCAAGGUAGCUCUGUUGCACAAAUGAAGUCUAGCAGUUAUGCUGUGCAUAGAACUUCUGCAAGUACAACUGAAUUUGAACAUCAAGAGCAAAAACUUGAAUCAAUGGACAGAUAUUUAGAUGGUGUUCAAGAAGUGGCAUAUAUUCAUUCAAAUCAGAAUGUGGUUGGAUCCAGCAAGGCUGAGAAUCACUUGAGCCGAUGGGCAGUGCGAGAUGUGUUUGAGUUGAAGCAGUUUUCCCAGCUCCCUGCUAAUGUAGCAGUCUGUAGUACUAAGAAAAAUGAAGAAAAUCCAGAAGAUAAUGCAGCAGAGAAGAACGUUAUUAAGGAAGAUCAAGAAAUGUCGGUGGACAGCAAGCAACAUCACCUGUAUGUUGUGCAUCCUGUGACACAGAAAAUCAAAACAGUACACAGAGUAGCUUCAACCACUUUCCUGGUUGGAAGGACACCAAAAGGAAUCCGUAGGAGACAAUUUGAGGAAAUGGUAUCCCACUUUAAUAUGGGAUCAGUGGAGAAACUGGCAGAACAUAUUGUAAAAGCUACAUCAGAAAAAAGGCAGAAGAUAUUGAAGGAAUUCUAUGUUACCAAACAGCCAGAGAUGGAAUCUUUAUUCCCAGUUGUAGUACCAGCACAAGCUUCACAUUACUCUGAGGAAAGAGAAUCAGGUGCAACACACUUACAAAAAAGAAAAUCUGUUGUUAAUUUUGAAAGAUCUAAGUCUAAAUCUUUGUCAACUAACAGCCAGCUUCUGAGUGAAACUACAGAAAUGCAGAGACAGCAGAGCUGCAAGGGAGAGGCAGAGCAACUUCACAGUAACUCCUACAUGCAAUGUAUGUGUGUUGAUACAAAAUAUAAACAAUCACCUGCUGUUGCUGCUCAACAUAUCAAAAGGAGAAACAGUCAGGCAUUCAAGGAUUUUAUGGCAUCUGGCUCAUUAAGCAGUCAAUCAGGAAUAAUUGAGGUGCUGUCUGUAAAAAGUAGUGAAGGACAGCAAGAUUCCAAAGGAGCACAACUGCUGAGAAAAAGAUCCUUAUCUCAGUCACAAAAUGGGGAGAAGAAAGCUCAGACUUUUAAGAAGUCAUUUGUGGACUUACUUGGAGAUACCUCUAUUCUCAAUGACCUCUUCAGAAAUGGUGGAAAUGGGCCUACAGAAUCACUGAGGAGAUUGCCUUCAGUGCAGGUAGAAAAAUCAAAGGAGAGACCAAAAGACUUCUGGGACAUGCUGAAUGAGCAGAAUGAGGAGAACCUUAGAAAGCUCACGGACAUAACAGUCAUAGAGAAGCUAUGUGAAAAAGUACCCCAUCUGCCAGUGACAGAAGAGAAAGAAACGUAUGAAAGUUCUCUUUGGAAAAAAAAUGAAAAUUUUUUGUGGAAAAAAUACAGUCCAGAUGAUUCAGAUAAACCAUCCACUUCUAUAUCCUGUAAUGCUGUAAAAUGAAAGUUUUCUAUGUGAGUUGUGCUGUAAUUAUCUCAGUUCAACACUAAAAUAUGCAUAGCUUCAGUUUGCAGGAAAAUGGGAUACCUCCAUGAAAUUAAAGGUGAAGUGAUGAAUCCAUAUUUAUCAUUAUAGAGGUUUGUGUUUUACAGCUGUGAAUAUAUAUGUAAUUACAUACGUAAUGUGUAAUUACGUGUGUAAUAUGUUAUACAUAUGUGCUAUGUUUUAUGGUAAGCUAUGAUAUCUUAAUUUUAAAUAUUUUUUUUAUGUUUUUAGUGCAAUUUGCUUUCUUGCAUCUUGAUUUUAUUUAUAGACACAGUAGCAGUACUAGGUAGAUUUUCCCCUUUCAUUUGGAUACCCCCAGUCAUCUCAGCACAAUCUAAUGGUAUUAAAAGGAUUUGACAAGGGUACUCCACAUAUUUUCUGAGCUACUGGAAACUCAGACUUAAUGAGACAUAGAUGAUGUCUUCAUGCCUAAUAAUCUUUGAAAAUCUUUUUCUUCUAUGAUUUUACUCAAUCUCAUUGAAGCUGUAGAGUUUCUCAUUAUCUUCAGUAUCCUAUAGCAGUGAGUUUCUGAGCUUGGUUGAUGUGAAAAAAUACAAAUUUUCACUUUUUCAAUGCAAGAACUACAGCACAUUAAAUUUUGCUGGGUAUCGAAUUUCAUAUUUCACUGUUCUUUCAUCUCCCCUUUUUUAUUGUUAUAGACUUCUGUCGAGUCUUUUUAAGGUGCUGUGGUCUGAAUAAUACUUUCUAUGCAAGGGAAGAAGAACAGGAAUAGCCUAAAAUAAAUAAAUAAAUUCCUAUUAAAUACCAGGAAGAAUCUAAUGCCAUUCAGUAUUUCAGACUUACUGUUGUCUCCAUUUCCUUGAUGCAUUUGAGUGUCUGAUAGGAAAAUUGAAAAAUAUUUAUAUCGGGAAAACUUAAUUCUUGCUUGGCUUCAUGAAACUAGUUUCAUUUUGUUAGCACUGUAUUCUGAAAAACUUUUAAAUACAUUUUUGUAUUGCAUGUGCACUUAGAAAUAUCAUGAAAUUGCAUGUUCCGAUUGCUGCUUGAUUUUUUUUUUUCUUUAGUUAUUUAAAUUGUGAGUAUUGUAGAAUCAGCAAUUUUGUGGCCACACUUUUUUAAACUCAAGUGUGCAUACUGUUUAAAAUCAGUGAGGUAACUUUUAGGAGGUUAACCAUAAUCUUCUCUUGAGUUAGUUCUGCUAUUGGCAUUGAAUAUUACUGAUAAUAUAUUGCAGCUUGAAUUCAUCUUCUGCUGAUAGUCAAAAGGUUUGUCAGUCCUAUUAUGCUUAUAUAAUUGUAAUUCUUGCUGUGCUACAGCAGUUUGCUCUAAUAUGAUAGUCUAAUAAUUUCUGCGGCAGGAACAACCUAUGAGUGUGUCUCAGUGACACUUCACCAGGGAUGAUACUUACCAAAGGUGAAGUACACAAAUUAGAGUAGACACAGCAGUUAGUUGCCUCAGGACACUUCAAGAACCACAGGAUCAUAGAGUCAUGGAAUGGUUUGGGUUGGAUGGGACUUUUGGCUAUCAUCUACUCUUAACUACUGUGCCCUGGGCAGGGACAUCUUUCAAUAGAUCAGGUUACUCAAAGCCUCAUCCAACCUGACCCUGAACCCUUCCAAGGAUGGGACAUUCACAACCUCUCUGGGCAUCCUGUUCCAAUGUCUUACCACCCUUAUCACAGUAAAAUUCUUCCUCGUGUCCAAUCCAAAUCUUCCCUCUCAGUUUAAAACCAUUUCCUCUAGUUCUGUCCUUAUCCUGCAAGCUUUACUAAGAAGUCUUUCUCAGUGCUUCUUAUAAAGCCCCCUUUAAGUACUGAAAGGCUGCAAUAAGAUCUUCCUGGAACCUUCUCUUCUUCAGGCUGGACAAUCCCAACUCUCAGCCUUUCUUCAUAGGAGGGUUGUUUCAGUCCUCUGGCCAUUUUCAUGGCCAUUCUGGACUCUGUUACACUUUGAGCCUUCUUACAGCAGGAGACAAUUGUGGGUUGUUUUCCUCAUGGCCUUCUCUUUUCAUGAGCAGGCAUUAUCUUGUGGAACAUGAUGAUCCUUAGUGGAAGUAUGGAUGCAGGAAUGGCUGUUGGUUCUGCUGCAAGGGGUGUUGAGGUAGCAGCUUAUGCAGCAGUCUGAAUUGAGGAGAGCACUGGUAUCAGUCCUUGCUUUACGUCACCGCUGCUACAGAGGCAGAUUUCUGUCUGGAGUGAUGGGUAUUGUGCAUUCCCCUGGCUUUGACAUGACAGCUGCUUCGUCUGUGUUUGGCUACUGUGUUUCAGCUAAAGCAAAUGUAUUUACAUAUGUCUUCUGCAUUUAA